AUGGAUGGACUUUUAGGACGCAGCCAAUUUCUAGGUGAGGCAGUAAAUCUUUUCACCGAUGAGAAAACUGCAAAUGCUCGCAGUAAAGUUGUAGAGUGGCUCAAUGAUGUACCCAACGCAGAGGCUUCGACUAAGUGUGACUUGCUGGUUAAAGUUCAAGAAAUGAUUCUUGGUUCUUGUGUGGAACUGCUCGAAGAGUUCCUGGAGCAUAUACUCUCGUUAGCACAUGAUGCGAAUGCAGAUGUCCGCAAACAAGUGGUUUGUUUUAUCGAGCAAAUUUGCAAAGUUAAAGUGGAGUUACUCCCACAAGUUAUAAGCAUCGUUUCUAUGCUUCUACGUGAUCGUUCGCCUCAAGUAAUUAAACGUGUUAUACAAGCAUGUGGUAGUGUGUACAAAAAAGGCUUGCAAUGGAUCUGUGCCAUCGACGAGAUGUCGGACAGCGCAGAGCAAGCAUGGAGUGUACUUAGUUUAGUAAAAGCACAAAUUUUGGAUCUAAUAGAUAAUGAAAACGAUGGGAUUCGCACAAACGCGAUCAAGUUCCUGGAGGGCAUUGUUGUGUUGCAAAGUUACCCGGAUGAAGAUAGUCAAAAAAAAGACAACGACUUUUCUUUGCAAGAUAUUCCAUUAAAUUCAAAGUUGGUUAAACGAAAAAAAUUGGAAGAAGAAGCUUUAAAUAUUUUCGACAUAUUGUUAAAAUUUCAUGCCGCUACUCAUAUAUCAUCUGUGAAUCUCAUAACUUGUACUGGAAGCCUGUGUACCAUUGCGAAAUUGCGUCCUAGUCUUAUGGGCCCAGUGGUAGAUGCUUUCAAGCAACUUAAUUCAAAUCUUCCUCCAACUCUUACAGAUUCACAGGCCAGCUCUGUUAGAAAGAGUUUAAAAAUGCAACUAGUGGCUUUGUUAAAGAAUCGUGGAUCCUACGAAUAUCAAGCCACUAUUCGACAUAUGCUGUCAGAUUUGGGAGCAUCACAAGGUGAAAUCCAACGCGCUAUACCAAAGAUGGAUAAACAGGAGCAAACACGACGUCAAAAACGCAUAUUGGAAAGCGCAGCUAGUAAUAUACACAAAAAAAUGCGUCUUGAUUCUAUAAACAGGCAACAAGAACGCAGAGCCAAAUCUGGCGCUGAUAAUGAAAAUACAAAAGAAGUAGAGAUGGAAGUUGAUGAAGAAGAGGUGGAAAAACAAAGGCAGCGUUGUUUACGAGUAAAUGAAAAAUUCUUAGCUGAGCAUUUGCGUACAACUGAUAUGGCAGUGAAUCUAGUUGUAGAAUUUUUACCUAAGUUACCAGGUGAAGUUCCGGAUCAUUUCUUAAAUGAAUAUGCGCCCAUCAAAGAUAUGUCCAUACAACAGCAGGUGGGAAAGAUAGCAAAAUUGCUUGGCGAACAAAUGACCGCGCAAAAAAUAGGACCAGGCUCUGCCGCCUUCAGCAAAGAAAUUCCCAUGAGACCACGACCACUGGAACCCAUGGAUACAACUGAAAGUGAGCAACCGGUUGAUGAAGAUCAAUUGAGAAAAGACGAAGCCACUAAAAAAUUACGUGAAAACAUGGAGAGAGUCAAAGGCGAACAAGAGCUAAUUGAACGAAUGAAAAUGCGUGCUAAAACUCUGAAAUUACAAGAAGUAACCAAACCAUUUUCUCGCUCAGUUAAGGAAAAAUUUCUUUUAGAAUCUGUGAAGCGCAUUACACAAUCAGAGCGGCAGUGUAUAGUGGGUGGCGUGUCGGCAAAGCGUCGUAAAAUACUUACCGUUAUGGCAGCAACAUUCCCUGAUAAAGUGCGAUAUUUCAUUUUCGAUUUCAUUAUGCUUGACGUGCGACAGCGUAUUGAUUUGGCGUUUACAUGGUUGUAUGAGGAAUAUUGCUUACUACAAGGCUUCACACGACAUUCUUACGUUAAAUCUGAAAAUCGUCCAGACCAUGCUUACAAUGAACUAUUGAGCCAGCUGAUCAAAGGCGUGCGUGAAACUUGUGAUUUAAAGGAUAAAAUUCAUUUAAUGCGGCGUAUUUUACUCGAAGCACCAUUGCUGCCCGAUGAAGCACUUAAUCAGUUGGUUGAAAUGUGUUUCUCUGAAGAAUUUGUGAAUCCGGGCGUGGAUCUGUUAAAAGAUUUGACCAUACUGCGACCACCUCGUAAAAAUAAAUUGAUAAAAGUGCUUCUACUCUUUUGCGUACAUGAACGUACAGAUUUACGAGAGCGUGCACUGGAACAUAUUAUAUCACUGUAUCAUGUAAACAAAGUACUACCGAAUCGGAUUGAAGAGUUUGCUUUAGAAUGGGCAACACAUUUGGAAAAGGAGGUACCACCACCAAGCAUUUUCGCAGAAGAAUUCGGCCGACCUGAGGCCGAAGUACAAUGGAAGGAAGAAACUGCUAAAACAUGCUUGACAUUGCUGCUUACAUUAUUACCUUACAAGCCAAAAGUUUUUCUGGAGAAGCUGUGCAAAAUCUACACAACGACUGCCGCUGAUUUGAAACGUACUGUUCUACGCUCUAUCGAUCCGGCUAUCAAGAAAAUGGGUGUAGAGGACAUAGCAUUACUGAAGCUCAUCGAGGAUUGUCCAAAAGGAUGCGAAACGCUUAUCAUUCGUGUUGUACAUCUAUUAACAGAGCGUGUAGCGACCCCCAAUGUGGAACUUGUACAUCGUGUACGAGAACUUUAUGCCAACAAGGUCAAUGAUGUGCGUGUACUCAUACCUGUACUCAGCGGUCUCACACGCCAAGAGGUUCUAAAUGCGUUGCCGAGGUUGCUUAAAUUAAAUCAAAUUGUCGUUAAAGAAGUUUUCAAUAGGCUACUUGGCAUUGGUGCUGAUUUCGCUAAUCAGACAAUGGCGGCUUCACCUACCGAUAUACUUGUCGCCUUACAUACCAUGGAUCCGAAUACAUGUGAUUUAAAGGCUAUAGUUAAAGCCACUUCCAUCUGUCUGACUGAAAAAGAUGUAUUCACCCCGGAUGUGCUAAUCGGUGUGUUACAACAGCUGGUGGAAGUAGUUCCAAUCCCGACGCUUCUUAUGCGCACCAUUAUCCAAAGCAUUACACUUUAUCCACGUUUAACAAAUUUUGUAUUAAAUCUUCUACAAAGACUCAUUUUGAAGCAAGUAUGGCGGCAAAAGGUGAUUUGGGAAGGUUUUCUCAAAUGUUGCCAACGAUUGAAGCCACAAUCAUUGCCUGUCUUGUUACAUUUACCACAACAGCAACUCGUAAGCGCAUUGGAACAAUGCCCAGAUCUGAGGCAACCGUUAUUUGAAUACGCACAAAGUAUUCAGGAAGAACCAAUGAGUGGAAUCACACCACAAUUGCUAGAUGUAAUAUCAGGAAAAACCGUAGAUUUAUUUAUAGCGGACGAAAGUGGAGGCUACAUUACUGUUGAUCAAAUCAAAAAAGAGGUUGAAGAUCCCACCGAAAUUGGUGUAAUAUCAACCAUACCUAUUGCAUCAGUACCGGCACCAGUUCCCGCCCUUAUUCCAACACUUGGGACUGUCAGCACACCGCAGCCCACUUCUUCUCAACCCUUACCACCAGGCGAAGAUUAAAUGAGAGUGCAUAUAUUUGUUUUACAGUGUUGAAUCUUUAUAUGUAGAUGUAAUAAACACUUUAAUUGAUAAAAAAAUAUAAGUAUAAUUAAAUUUUAAAAA